AUGGCGGCGCUCGUCCGCAGACUGUGCCACAUCGCCUUCCACGUGCCUGCCGGGCAGCCCCUCGCCCGGGACCUGCAGAGCCUGUUCGGCUUCCAGCCCCUUGCGCUGCGGGAGGCAAAUGGCUGGCGGCAGCUGGCUCUGCGCGGUGGCGAUGCCGUUUUUCUGGUUAAUCAGGGCACAGGACCCGGAGAACCGCUGUACGGGCUGGACCCGCACCACGCUGUGCCCAGCGCCACAAACCUGUGCUUCGACGUGGAGGAUGCCCGCGCCGCCUCCCGGGCGCUGGCCGCUAGGGGCUGCAGCUUGCCAGUGCCUCCUGUGAGCGUGCGGGAUGCCAAGGGAACUGCUACCUACGCUGUGGUGCGCUCACCUGCCGGUAAUCUCAGCCUGACCUUGCUGGAGCGUGCCGACUAUCGUGGACCCUUCCUGCCUGGCUUCGAGCCAGUGCCCUCUGCGCCAGGCCCGGGCUGGGUCAGCCACGUUGACCACCUCACCUUGGCUUGUAUUGCUGGCAGUUCCCCCAGACUUUUCCGCUGGUUCUGUGACUGCCUGGGGUUUCGCCACUUGCCACUGAGCGCAGGUGAGGACCCAGAGCUGGGACUUGAGGUUAGAGCAGAGUCCGGAUGCGGGGGCUUGCGACUCACGGCCCUGCAGACCCCACCGGGCCCCAGCGCCGUCCCUACCCUCGUGCUUGCUGAGUCCCUACAGGGGGCCACCAGCAGGCAGGACCAGGUGGAGCAGUUCUUGGCCCGGCACAGGGGACCUGGCCUGCAACAUGUGGGGCUGUACACGCCAAACAUCAUGGAGGCCGCCAAGGGAGUGACAGUGGCUGGGGGACAGCUCCUGACUCCUCCUAAGGCCUACUACCAGCAGCCAGGCAAAGAGGAACAAAUCGUAGCUGCGGGACAGGUGCCUAGUCUUCUGGCCCAACAAGGAAUCCUCCUGGAUGGCCACGAGGGCAAGUUCCUACUGCAGGUCUUCAGCAAGUCCCUGUUUGCGGAGGACACCUUCUUCCUGGAGCUGAUUCAGAGGCAGGGUGCCACAGGCUUUGGCCAGGGCAACAUCAGGGCCUUGUGGCAGUCUGUGCAGGAACAAGCUGCCAAGGUCCAGGACAACUGCGGGGGGCCAGAGCACACAUACCCAAGGCCAGGAGAGUGA